UCGGAUAAAACCUAUCUAUGCUUCAAUUAUUUACAUGAUUUAUUACUUGUAUUUAAUCAGGGGCGAAACAUCUCAGAGCACGCGUGUAACGAGGGCGAAACCACCCAGUUCCUCUUUUAUAGAGACAGAGGACCAGUCAACAGACAGACAGAACAGACGACAGUAGACGUGAUGGAGUCGGAGAAAAUCUAGGCUGCCAGGGAGAACCAUCAACAAGGAAGUGUAAACAAAUGGUAAACAUUAAAGAUAUGUCGCCAUUUUGAGUUAAAGGCCUUUAUAAAGAACAUGGAUAAAAGUGUCUGACCAUGGACCCUGAGUACUACCUUCAGGAUGUGUUACGGUGUCAUCUCUGUGAGACCCCGGGCCCCCCUAUGUACUGUGCCGUUUGUAACAAAUAUCUGUGUAAAGCCUGUGAGGGGGAACAUAUUCUCUCUGAUCUAUCCAAAGAACACAAAGUGGUGCCAUUUAAAAAGUGGAGAUAUACUCCUAAAUGUCAUAAACAUCCCACAAACAUAAGUGAACAUUACUGUGAGCAAUGUGACAUUCCUAUUUGUGCAACAUGUCUUUCCUCUAAAAAACACCGCGGCCAUAAAUUUAUUGAAAUGACUGAAAACCUUGAAAACAAGAAAGAAAUCAUUCAAAAAGAUUUAAGAGAACUAAAGAAAUCCAUUUAUCUUAAAUACCAAGAGAUUGCAUCCAUUAUCACAGACCAGAAAUCUGCUCUGAAUGAAAACUCCCAGAAAUUAACAACGGAAAUCGACAAACAUGGAGAAGACUUGCACAGAGAAAUAAACACCAUUAUCAGAAACAUGAAAUCUAACGUGGAGGAAACGGACACCAAACACCUGGCUAUCUUAGACAAACAGGAAGAUGAAAUUAAACACACCAUUUCUGAAAUCACUCAGACCAUAGCUGAACUGAAUACGUUACUGGACUCCAAUGAUGUCAGCCGUGUCUCUGCCUACAAAUCCAGGAAUGAUGAAUUCAGAAGAUUGCCUCCUAAACUCACAGUGUCCUUACCAAGUUUUACCCCUCAGAAGAUCAACAACGAACAGCUUUAUCAACAGUUUGGUUCUCUGUCAGCGUCAUCUAUCAAAACAGAAGAACAUGGCUACACCAUGGAAUCUCCCGGUGCCGAGUCCUCUCCCCCGGACAGACCGCUCAUUGAUGUACCACGGAUCAUCACACAGAUAGACACCGAGUGUUGGGGAUUACACAGUGUGUCCUGUCUGAGUGAUGAGGAGAUGUGGACGUGUGGUGACAACAUCAUGAGACUGUACAACCUCCGUGGGGAACUAGUGAAGUCAGUCAAAACCAAGUCAGGGAACAAACCACGGGACAUAGCAGUGACAAGGAGUAGGGAUCUAGUUUAUACUGAUAACAGAGAUAGGACUGUGAACAUAGUGAAGAAUACACAGAUACAGACAGUGAUCAGACUACGGGGGUGGAGACCUCUCGGUGUCUGUAGUACCUCCUCUGGUGACCUCCUGGUUGUCAUGGUCAGUGAUGAUGAUAAACAAACAAAAGUUGUGUGUUACUCUGGCUCCACAGAGAAACAAAGUAUUCAGUACGACGACAAAAGACAACCUCUCUAUUCAUCUGGUUACAAUAAAUACAUCAGUGAGAACAGGAACCUAGAUAUCUGUGUGUCAGACUUUGACGCCCGUGCAGUAGUGGUGGUCAAUCCGGCCGGGAAACUCCGGUUUACCUACACUGGUCCUCCCUCUACUACCAAGGGAUCAUUCAAUCCAUACGGCAUCACAACAGACAGCCAGGGUCGGAUACUGACAGCAGACUUAUACAACGACCAUAUCCACAUCCUGGAUCAGGACGGACAGUUCCUCCGCUACAUUGACAACUGUCAUUUACAGACUCCAUGGGGUAUAUGUGUGGACACCAGAGACAACCUCUUUGUGGCUGAGUCAACAGGUAUAGUGAAUAAAAUACAAUAUGUGUAGAACAUUACACAGCAGUGUAACGUUGUUUAUAUGUAUUACAUGUUGACAAACUGACUGUAUAUAUUAUACUUGUACGUGUAUAACAGUAAAUUUAAUACAUGUAUUAUAUAAUUGGUUUAUGUUAAUAAUUAAAUAAAUACCUUCAUAUAUUCUUUACAUACCAACGAUACUAUUGUUUAGUUUCUAUAUGUGAAUCGUAACAAACUUAUUGUUUUUGUGCAGUGAUUUUAAUGGUAAAAAAAUGACAGCAUAAAUAUUUUACUUUCCAAACAAACUUUUAUAUAUGUUUGUGCAUUAAAAGUUUAAAAGAAUACAAUCAGAAAACAUUCUGUGUAAUGAACAUUGUAUUUGAAUGAUGUCAUUCAGUGGGACGAGUAUAUCGUGAAUAAUAAAUGAUUUGAAUACAA